AAGUAAAAGCUAGAGAGGUUCUCAGUUAUCCACAGCCACACACAGUUUAUCCCAAUUCAUGAGAAAGAAAAAAAAAAUCAUUCCUUUCAACUUUUUUUGUUGUUUGUUGUCUGGUUUCAUGAAAUCGAGCAAAAAUUCGAAAAUUUGACAAGAAACAGUUAAUACCAUGCUUCUCGGAGGCACAAUCACCACUCCUCCGGCUUCUCUCCGGCUAAGGUCCAACUUAAAUCCACAAAACGCAGUCGCACCGUCAUCGCAAGCGGCGUUUCCACGACAGCCUCCUAGCUACUCAAUCACCGACGAGGAUCUCCAAUCGAGAGGCUUUCUUCUCCGCCGGACGCCGGAGGGACUGAACCUAGACCAGCUGAAUUCGGUCUUCGUAGCCGUCGGGUUCCCACGGCGGGACACGGCGAAGAUCGAGGUGGCGCUGCAGCACACAGACGCGAUGCUGUGGGUGGAGUGCGAGAAAACGCGGCGGCCGGUGGCGUUCGCUAGAGCGACGGGAGACGGCGUUUUCAACGCGAUCAUAUGGGACGUGGUGGUUGAUCCGUCGUUCCAGAGCUUAGGGCUCGGGAAGGCGGUGAUGGAGCGGCUUAUCGAGGAUUUGCAGAGGAAAGGGAUCUGUAACAUUGCUCUGUAUUCGGAGCCCCGAGUUCUCGGGUUUUACCGCCCGCUCGGGUUCGUCUCUGACCCGGAUGGGAUCCGAGGAAUGGUUUUUGUACGCAAACAGAGAAACAAGAAAUGAAAGCUAGUUUUUUUGUUCUUCCCGUAAAUUCAAAUUAUGAUCUUUCUUUCUUAAGUUCACAGAUUAUGUUACAAUGUCUCAUGUAACUACACUUGUUGUAUAAGCUGAGCUAAUUGUCGAUUUGCUGAUGAGAUGCCUGGUUCUUGUUCUUCGUCAAUCUUCAAAUCUCUGUACUGAAUAUGCAGAAAACUCAAAAAAGUUAAAUUCUUUGA